AACCUUGAUAUCAAGAAGUAAGAACAAAUUACGUCUCCAAAAGCUUAGAGUUUGAUCUUUUUGUUAGUGUUUAACCAAGAACCAAAGUACAUAUUUAUACAAUGGCUGCAUCAGCAACUUUCAUGCAUUCAACAUUCCUAGCUAAUUCCUUGGCUUAUGGAGCGGGAAAGAAUAAAUCAGUUAGGGUGAAUCAGCUUGUUGCACCAACCGUGCACAUCUACCCUCAAAUAAGGAUAUGCUCAAUGGCCAAGGAUGGUCGGAAGAAACAACCAUCUAUAGUUACAAAUGCAUCAAAAAAUCCACCACCACCACCUCCUACACCUUCUUCUCCCAGCAAGCAGGUUGGCACAAAGUUUUCAGACUUGUUUGCAUUCAGUGGGCCAGUGCCGGAGAGGAUCAACGGCAGACUUGCAAUGGUUGGGUUUGUUUCAGCUCUAGCAGUGGAACUAUCCAAGGGGCAGGAUGUGUUCGCUCAGAUAUCCAAUGGUGGAGUCUCAUUGUUCCUUGGAACUAGUAUUUUGAUAACAGUGGCAUCAUUGAUUCCUCUAUUUAAUGGACUCAGCGUGGAAUCAGAAUCAGAUGGGAUCAUGACCCCAGAUGCUGAGCUCAUAAAUGGAAGGUUGGCCAUGUUAGGUCUCGUAGCCUUGGCCUUCACCGAGUAUGUGAAGGGCGGAACCCUAGUUUAGUUCUUAAUCAUUAUGUUAGUAUGCUUUCUGGCUUAAUACUUUAUAAUUUCUCACAUGUAUUUAGUGUUCACAGAUGUUUAUAAGAAUAAUGUUACGUUUUGGUA